AAAAAUCACUUUUUUUGUGUGUGCUUACAAACAAUUCAACUUAGUUCUAGUACUUUUGCCAUUAAAGCAAAAUAAAUUGUUAGUAAUUGAAAAAAUUGUUGGAUUUCUUUUGCUUUUGCAGGUUGCACCGGGUCUAUUUGCAGAUUGUGUCUUUGGCAGCUUUGCGUGGUUUUUUUAUUUGGUUUUCGGUGGGUGUCGCGCAAUGUCGCGCAAUGUCGUGGGCACCCGCCGAUAACGGCUUUGGGGGCGUUGUCUCAGAUUGCUGCAAUUGCUGAUUUCCGGUGGUUACACGUGAGUGGUGAUGACGUCGUGCUGUUCCGGGGUACCGUCACGUGCUAUUGUCUGAUCUGAUAUAAUGAAUGAAUUUCUUGAUUUUUUUGCAGUAGGAAUAAAAAAAUGGAAGAUUCCGACUUGUAAUUCAAGGAUUGAUCUACUUCUUCAUCUCUAAGUUUCCAUAAUGCCAGUUCACGCUCCACACGGUGGUCAAUUACAAGAUUUAGUCAUUCGUGACUCUUCUAUUAAGUCAGAUUUAUUAAAAGAAGCAGCUAGUUUACCUUCUUAUACUUUAACUGAUAGACAAUUAUGUGAUUUAGAGCUUAUUUUAAAUGGGGGGUUUUCUCCAUUGAAUGGGUUUUUAAAUGAAGAUGAUUAUAAUUCAGUUGUUUCUGAUAUGAGAUUAUCAUCUAUUAAAAAUGAAUCAAAUGGCCAAGGUUUAUUAUGGCCAAUGCCAAUUACUUUGGAUGUUUCUCAAGAAACCGCUUCGAAAUUUAACUUGAAAGACCGUGUUGUUUUAAAAGAUUUGAGAGAUGAAAAACCUUUAGCCGUUUUAACUAUUGAAUCAAUUUAUAAACCAAAUAAAUCUUUAGAAGCCGAAAAAGUCUUCAGAGGUGAUCCUGAACAUCCUGCUAUCAAAUAUUUAAAUAAUAUUGCUGGUGAUAUUUAUAUUGGUGGUUCUAUUCAAGGUAUUGAUUAUCCAAAACAUUAUGAUUACGUCGAAUUCCGUAAAUCGCCAACUGAAUUGAGAGAAGAAUUUAUCAAAUUAGGUUGGGAUAAACAACAUGUUGUUGCUUUCCAAACUAGAAAUCCAAUGCAUAGAGCUCACCGUGAAUUAACCGUUCGUGCUGCUAAAGAUAUCGGUGAUGAUGGCCAUAUUUUGGUUCAUCCAGUUGUUGGGUUAACUAAACCGGGUGAUAUUGAUCAUCAUACUAGAGUUAAAGUUUAUCAACAAAUUUUGAAAAAAUACCCUGAAGGUUUAGCCACCAUUUCUCUUUUACCCUUGGCUAUGAGAAUGGGUGGUGAUCGUGAAGCUUUAUGGCAUGCUUUAAUUCGUUUGAAUUAUGGUGUUGACCAUUUUAUCGUUGGUAGAGAUCAUGCUGGUCCUGGUUCAAAUUCAAAAGGUGAAAGCUUUUAUGGUCCUUAUGACGCUCAAGAUUUAUUAGCUAAAUUCGAAAAUGAAUUACCAAUUAAAGUUGUUCCUUUUAGAAUGGUUACUUAUUUACCUGAUGAAGAUAGAUAUGCUCCUAUCGAUACUAUCGAUACUAAUAAAGUUAAAACUGCUAAUAUCUCCGGUACCGAAUUAAGACAACGUUUAAGAGAUGGUACCGAUAUCCCUGAAUGGUUUUCUUAUCCUGAAGUUGUUAAAAUUUUAAGAGAUACUAAUCCUCCAAGAUUUAAUCAAGGUUUUGCUAUUGUUAUCGAUUCUUCUAAAUCUCAUCCUGAACAAGGUGAAUAUUUAUCUUUUGCUUUACAAUCUAGUUUGAAUCAAUUCCAUGGUUCUCGUCGUAUCACUAAAUUAGAUUCUUCUUAUAACGAUGCUUUCCUUAUCAAUGAAUUAGCUAAAGCCGGUUCUGGUAUCAUUAUUCCCGUCAAAUCUGAUUAUUCCAACAUUGUUAAUACCGUUGGUAAGUCUAAUACCAUCAUUGUCAACAUUGAUGGCGAACAAGAUUCCCAUAAUGGUGUUUUCUCCUUAAAUCAACAAAAUGGCGUUUUUGAACUCAACACCGUCGUUGAUGAUAUUAUCUCCUACUUAAAAUCUCAAGGCUUUUAUAAAUAAACUUGUAGUUAAAAAGCAUUUGAUCAAAGAAAUUUUAGUUCAUGUUCUGGGAAAAUUGAAAAGUUUUAGAGUUCCUUAUUUAUUUAUUCU